AUGAUUAAAAUCGAACUUGAUGAAACAUUGAUAGAAAACGCCCUAUUUUCCGAUGUUAUCAAGGCUAUCUCUGAUAAAUUUAAAACAUUCAAAGGACAAAUUAAAAUAGAUGGAGAGAUAGUCGAGGAAGGGAAUCACAGACAAUACAUGUCACUCCUCGGUUUCAAUGCCAAAACCUUUCACAAUAUUUUUUCAAAUAUUGACAAAAAAUCCGAUGCUUCCGAUUGGUAUUUUACAGGAAAAAUAAUUUUAAUGAAAGACAAUUUCCAAGAAAUCAAAAGAUCGAGAGUUGGUAGAGGAGGAACUGAUCUACUUAAAAAGAUCAAUGAAUACGAAGGCGAAAAUUGUUACAUACCUACAGAUGGUCACUGUUUUAUCAAAUGCGUCAAUCGUGUUUUGAACAAAGAUUUAACGUGUAAAUUUCAAGAAUACAUCAACGAGUUUUCAAAAGCAAAUAGAAAAGGAGUGAUGACUUGUGCUAGAAUGAAUGAAUUCAACAAGCAAUUUAACACUUCGUUUCAAAUUUAUAAUCCCAAAAACAGACAUUUUCACCCCAGAGACGUUCACGAUGAAUUAGAUUGGGUUUUGUACUUACACAACUCGCAUUUCUGUUCGAUUCGAAGAAGCCAAAAAAGUUUGGGAAUUCAAGAAAUAGAAGACAAUUACGAACAGGUGUGGAAAACGUGUAGAGACGACAACGCAGUAACACAGGUUUCACCCCUCAAACUAAACGUGCUUUCGAGUAUGAGCGAUGAUGCGUUAUUCGCUUGGGAUUGCGAAACGUAUUCAGAAAAAGACACGCGAAGAGCAAUUCCAUAUUGUUGCACUUUAAUUAAUUUCGAAAAACUAAGGAAAAUGUUAAACAGAAUAAAUAAUCUAUUUCCAGAUUUAAAGCCGUCAGAUCCCCUGCCAGAAGAAUUUUAUGAUAAACUAAUGAAUGUAGUAGAAAUAUUUGUAGGUACAGAUUGCAUCGAUCAAAUGUUGAAAUAUUUAGGUCAAUAUGAUAGAAAGAGAUUAAUAUUAAUUUCUCAUAACGGCAGUGGAUUCGACAACUGGAUCGUGCUUAAAAAUGCAAAAAAACUAACGCAUUGCCCUUUAAAAACACCCAGAGGAAUUUUAUCUUUUCCUUUAUCUAAUCUAUACACGGAUGAAGAUUUACAGAAAAAAUGGAAAAGACAGAAAGAAAUAAAGGGUAAUUAUUUACAACAUAUUAAUUUCACGUGUUCCUAUCAACACGAAUCCUCUAGUUUGGCUGCAUGGGGAAAUUCUUCCAAUCUUCCCGCGAAUUUGAGAAAGAUUGCCGACGUAGAUAUCGCUAAAUACACGCGAGACAACUGGGAGGAAUUGAGACACGAAUGGGAACCUUACGCCAAGAGAGACACUCUCUGUUUGGAAGCUUGUUUGAUGAAAUACAACCAAGUCACGAAAGAAGUUGUAAACCAGAAUAUGUCCAAUAAUCUAACGGCUCCAUCUUUAUCUUUAAAGGGUUGGUAUUAUUUAUAUCAUUACGAUAAAGAAAUGGUGGAAGAAGAAUGGUAUGAAACUACUAGAAUGGUUGCGAAACAUUCGGAAAAACAAAACAUGAAAAAAGAUUUAAGAAAUAAAUAUAAACGAGAAGGUAAUAUCGUGGGUAGUAAUUGCAUGAAAUUAUUAGGUAAUUCCUUGUAUGGUAAAUCAAUUCAGAAAGAUAUAUUCACAACUAGACAUUUAUGGAAUGAAGCAACUUUACAGGCCAACUUUGAUUCACGCGUUAAAACCUAUGAGAAAAUUAAUGAUACUCAAUAUAUUGUUGAAACGGAAAUUGAAGAAAAAGAGAUUACUACUGAAUACAGUAAAUCUACACGACUAACACCUAGUCAUUUGGGAUCAUUCGUUUUAUCUCACAGUAAAAAAAUAAUGAACAAUUUCAUUCACGUCAUAAAUGGAUUUUAUAAACCCGAAAUAUACUAUACCGACACCGAUAGUUUGUACAUUUCAUCCAAAAAUUGGAAAAAACUAAACAGAGCUGGUUUGGUCUCCGAAAAAGACUAUUGCAAAGGUAAAAACGAUUACAGUGACGGUGGAAUUAUAUUUGGUUUAUAUUUAGCACCAAAAGUCAAAUACAACAUCGUUUUGACUUCUGAUGGUGUUUUAAAAGAAAAGAAAACGUUUAAAGGUUAUUCUAAUGAUAAGAUAAGUGUAGAAGAUUACGUUCAGUUAGCAAGCGGACAUGAUGUGUCGAACGAAUUUAAUAAACCGUGGGAAAAAAGUUUCACCAAUGGAGUAGUUAUUCCAAAUGAUAAACAAACUAAAGUUUUUAGAAGUUAUUUGAAUAAUGUUACAAGAAAACCACCAAACAGUGAAGGAAUUAUGUAUCCUUACAACGACAAAGAUGAGUAUAGUUUUGACGAAAACUAUGAAUUUGAUGAUUUCGAUUAUCUUUCUAAUCAAGAAGAUGAAUGA